AUGACGGACAAGUGGCAGAUAGUUCCGCUAACGAAGGUGAAGUUGAUCAACGAGCUGAAUGAGCGGGAGGCCAACCUCGGGGUGAACGAGAGUGUCUCCUGGCACACGGAGUACAAAGACAGCGCCUGGAUCUUUGUCGGAGGAUUUCCGUACGAGCUGACUGAAGGCGACAUCAUCUGUGUCUUCUCUCAGUACGGCGAGGUGGUAAACAUCAACCUGGUGCGCGACAAGAAGACGGGGAAGUCCAAAGGGUUCUGCUUCAUCUGCUACGAGGACCAGAGGAGCACCAUCCUGGCCGUGGACAACUUCAACGGCAUCAAGAUUAAAGGUCGGACCAUUCGCGUGGAUCACGUCAAAGACUACCGUCCUCCCAAAGACUCUGAGGACAUCGACGAUGUGACCAAGCAUCUGAGGGAGCAGGGCUGCGCUCCCAAAGCCGUGGAGUCCUCCUCUUCCUCGGAGGAAGAGGAGCAGUACAGCAUACCCGUGAAGAAGCCCAAGAAAGUCAGAGUCAAAGAGGAGAAGGUGGACGGCGCCUACGACAAGUACAACCAGAGGGUGGCGCCACCAGGAGGACAACACAACGGGCAGAGAGCGAGGGAGAACGAGAGACUCCGGGGGGAGGAGGCGGAGAGGAGGAGAGAGGAAGACAGGAGGAGAAAUCACGAAAAGGAGACGGGAUCGUCAGCAUAUCAGACUGCGCUGAUCUGCUUCACGCUGAAGGAAGAGUUCGUCCUGCGGUUCAUUACGCUGCCUGCAGCCGUCUGA